GUACCAAUGGCUUGCGCCGGCCAAGCCAGAGGAAACAGACCGCUGGCCAGCCGGGGGUACCCAUGUUUCUUCCAGAACAAGAUGAAAACUCGUCCACUCAAGUCACGCAUGCUUUCCUUCUACCACAUUCAUUCCUCUUCGCAUCCUUUCUUUCCCUUUUGUUGGGGUCGUUGGGAGCAUCCCACGAGACACAUGGAGAACAGUGUGGCAUGGUCAAAGUUCGAAACAUGACACACCCAGACACCGACCGUCAUGACUGCUCUGCAUUGGCAUGGCUGGGUCCCUCAUGCAGGCAGGUCAUGCCAGCUUACUUUUGUGCUAUUGUGCCCUAGUGGUGCACAAGCUGCCUGCCGUAGCUGCCUACCCAAGCAAAAACAAAAAAGUAUCCGUACAGAGUCGUGUCUAUGCAGCGAGGAGAAAAUAAGGAAGAUGGGGGGGGAGGAGGAGGUACAGCGUACCUGCUCCCCCACCCGUCCACCCAGCCCAUCCCAGUUAUCCAUUCGUUGGCGUGGCUUGCCACUGCUCUACACAGCACAGCACUGCGGCCAGUCAUUUAGCACCUUCUUACCACCUCCUUGUCUGCCUCUCGUAAGCGGGAGCCCAUCCCGUGGCCGAGCCGAGCGAGAGCGAAGCACAAGACAGCACUUUGUAGCCAUACACCGGCGCACAGGAGCCGGGAAGCGGAACAGCGUUACGUGUUUCCAGAUGCGGCGCAUAGGCCAGUAGCCACAUCCAUCCGCUUUGCUUUGCUUGACUUUCUGACUUUCGACUCUCUCGGCCUUUUGCUCUAAAUACCGUGCCCGUCCCACCCCCCCUUCGCCCCAGUUCCUGUGG